CCUGCAGGAACAGAGCCACGGCUAGAUGGAGGUGGACUUCUAAGGUGGUGAAGGCUCCAGGGGGACUCCAGGACGGUAUGCUCUCCUCCACUAUUCCUCCAUCUCCGCUCAGGCUGCCGCAGAUCUCCUCUUUCGUCAGUGUCCCCUUGCCAGUUUCUGAGAGAGCGGGAGAGCGAGGCUGGCUGGUGAGAGUCUGCAUCUCGGCGACUAAACGACGUAAACGUUGAGGCGGCGAGGCGGCGAGGGAGGACUGGACUAGCCGGAUGUUGACAUUGUGACUCUGUGAUGUUAAUGGACGCUUCCACCAUCAUCAUCGAGACUGAUGACCUCCAGUAUGAAGAGGAGCUACUGCGUAACCCAUUCUCCGUCAAGCACUGGCUACGCUACACGGAACACAAGAAGGAUGCACCAGCUGAUAAACUUAACAAGGUGUACGAGAGAGCCUUGCUACAGAUGCCAGGGAGCUACAAACUAUGGCACCAGUACUUGAGGCUAAGGAUGCAGCAGGUGAAGGGACGCUGCAUCACUGACCCAGAGUAUGAGAGCGUCAACAACACAUUUGAGCGUGCGCUGGUCUUCAUGCACAAGAUGCCACGGAUCUGGAUUGACUACUGCCAAUUCCUGAUGAACCAGCGCAAGAUUACCAGGACCAGAAAGACAUUUGACCGUGCCCUGUGUGCGCUGCCCAUCACCCAGCACAACCGCAUCUGGCCACUCUACCUUAAGUUUGUCAUGGCUUACAGCAUCCCAGAAACAGCUGUGCGUGUGUGGAGGAGGUACCUCAAGCUGUGCCCAGAGGAUACUGAGGACUGCAUCAGCUACCUCAUCUCCAUUGGACGGCUGGAGGCAGCAGCCAAGAAGUAUGAGUGGUGCGUCAACACAGAUACCUUCACCUCUAAAUAUGGUAAAUCCAAGCACCAGCUGUGGUCUGAGCUGUGUGAACUCAUCUCCAAGAACCCACAGGAAACAAGCUUGAAGAAUGCAGAGGCCAUCAUCCGCCAUGGCCUGCAGAGGUACACAGACCAAGUUGGAAUGCUGUGGAACUCUCUUGCCGAAUACUACAUCAUCAGUGCCCUGUUUGAGAGAGCCAGGGAUGUGUAUGAGGAAGCCCUACGCAGCGUGAUGACAGUCCGGGACUUCACACAAGUGUUUGACUCAUAUGCCCAGUUUGAGGAACUGAUGCUGAAACGGCGCAUGGAGGAGGUGGGGCCUGAGGCAGACCUGGAGGAUGAGACUGACAUAGAACUCAGGCUGGCACGCUAUGAGGACCUAAUACAGAGACGACCUUUGCUGCUGAACUCAGUCAUGCUGCGGCAGAACCCCCACAAUGUGCUGGAGUGGCAAAAGAGAGUGACUCUUUACGAAGGGCAGCCGAAGAUGAUUGUGACGACUUACAUGGAAGCAGUGAAGACCAUAGACCCCAAGCAGGCCACCGGUAAGCUGUACUCCCUGUGGGUCAACUUUGCUAAAUUCUAUGAGGACAACGGGCAGAUCGUGGAUGCUCGGAUCAUCUUCCAGCGUGCCACGGAGGUCACCUAUGUGAGGGUGGACGACCUGGCCAGCGUGUGGUGCGAGUGGGCAGAGAUGGAAAUACGGCACGACAAUGAGGAGGAGGCACUCAAGCUGAUGAAGCGAGCCACAGCACCGCCGCCACACAAGGUUGCCUACAAUGAUGAGAGUGAGCCAGUGCAGCGUCGUGUGUACAAAUCCCUCAAGCUGUGGUCCAUGUAUGCUGACCUGGAAGAGAGUCUUGGCACCUUCAAGUCCUGCAAGGCUGUGUAUGACCGUAUCAUUGACCUGCGCAUCGCCACACCUCAGAUUAUUAUCAACUAUGGCAUGUUCCUUCAGGAAAGUAAUUACUUUGAAGAAGCCUUUAAAGCAUAUGAAAAGGGGAUUGCCUUGUUCAAGUGGCCAUAUGUGUAUGACAUCUGGAACACUUACCUCACCAAAUUCCUGCAGAGGUACCAGGGCACCAAGAUAGAGAGAGCAAGGGACCUCUUUGAGCAAUGCCUGGAGAAGUGUCCGCCAAGCUACGCCAAGAACCUGUACCUGCUGUAUGCCAAGAUGGAGGAGGAGCACGGGUUGGCCAGACACGCCAUGCAGGUGUACAGCCGCGCCACCAAGGCUGUGCCACCUGAGGAGAAGCUUGCCAUCUACAACAUCUACCUGCAGCAUGCCCAGCAAAUCUAUGGCAUCACCAAGACCAGGGAGAUCUACCAGGAAGCCAUUGAGGACCUGCCAGACGAGGGUGCCCGGGAGAUGUGCCUGCGCUUCGCUGACAUGGAGAGGAAGCUUGGUGAGAUUGACCGUGCAAGGGAGAUCUACACCUACUGCAGCCAGAUAUGCGACCCACGCCUCACACAGGAGUUCUGGGCACGCUGGACGGACUUUGAAGUGGCUCACGGCAAUGAGGACACCAUGAAGGAGCUGCUGAGGAUAAAACGGUCCAUGCAGGCCAAAUACAACACACAGGUCAACAUGAUGUCAGCCCAAAUGCUGGCCUCAGCAGACACUGUGGCUGGCACAGUGUCAGACUUGGCUCCAGGUGCAAAGGAUGGUAUGCGUAUGUUGGAGGCGCGUGCAGUGGCCAUGAACCAGCUGGAGGAGCCACCCACCAGCACCCCUGUCUCUGCACCCUCUGCUGUGGGAGGUGGCGGCUCCAAAAUCAUGUUUGUGCGUGGCUCCACCACCAAGAGGGAGGAGGAGGUCGCUGACGCCGCCCGCACUGCCAAUCCAGACGAGAUUGAUAUUGAUGAUGAGGAAGACGAUGACGACGAGGAGGAUGGUAAGAUGCUUGGCUGGUGUAGCUUGACAUUUGAUAUUUCCUGUAAUAACCCCAAAAAUACACAGAGAAUAUGCACAGUGAAGUAAUUUAGUGGAACAUAUUUUAAGUCAUCAGUUUAAAGUAAUAUUCAUAAUUAAGGUCCUUGUAUGGAUUGAAAUUUUUGCAAUGAUCUAAGUGGAUGGGGACCUGUGGAUACCUAGAAAUGAGUUUUAAAAUAUGACUCAGUUACUCAGACAUUCCAGCAUAAAAAAUACAGAGUCAUGAGAGGAAUGAUACAGGUUUAGUAUUACUGCAAACCUUCAUCUCAUAUUGUUCUCCUUUACAGAUAUGCCACAGACAAGGGAAAUUCCAUCUUCAGUGUUUGGGCAGCUGAAAAAAGAUGCAGAUCAAAGUUAAAAUCUCAGAUCCUCAAUAACAUAUAUUUUUAAUACCUCUAGUUAUUUUAUACAUGAAUAAUUUAAUAACAUUUUGUGACAAAUUCAUGCAUUUGCAAUAAAUUUUUUUAAUAUA